AUGAUAAUGCCCGAGCCUCAGAGUGAGUCCUUGGGUGAGGUACAUUCUAUCCGGCGCUCAGUUACUUUUCCCACGAAGUUAAUCCCGAAGUCGACACGCGGUUCCGCUGCACCAAAUCCCACUGGCGCAGAGAACGUCAUUUUCUAUCAUCCUUCUGCGAAGAUAGUCCUCUUUGCUCCGAGAGCUCUGGCCCCAAUCCCGUCAAGCUCCGCGCCUACCGAUUUUGAUUAUCCCGUCGAUACCAUCGAGACACACCCCUGGCGCUCCGCGACGGAACGAACCGUCGCAACUGCGCCACUGAGACUCGAGAAGGUCCAUGGGCUGACCGUGUUCCUGAAAUGCGGGGAUGUCGUCCAUGCGAUUCUAAAGAACUCUCAGUGCUGGUGCGUCGAUGGAGUUUCGAAAUUUGUCUUGCGCAUUCGCCCUCUCACAUAUUAUCGCAUCGAAAUACCCAAUGAAACACACGAGGAUAAAAGGCUGGUGGAGGAUUUGAAGAUCGCGUUGCCAACAGUACUUCGAUAUGAAGUCACGCCAUGUCCUUUCAAGCGAGAGUUCACUGUUGAGCUGCCCGAGGAAGCCAUGGCACCUCGUCGCAAGAAAGCCUGGCGGCCCAAAGGCCCCAAAGGCCGGAAGGAGGGAGUGGCGGCGUUAUCCGGGAGCGACCAAGGCUCUCCUGUAGAGACCAAGCCAGAAUGGCUAGAUUCUGCCAGUACUGGCGAAGACACUGACGGGGCCGCAACCGAUGACAGUGCAGUUACCCCUGAGCAGUCUGGCGGCGCAACCUCUGAAGUUUUACCAGCGCAUGACCUAUCGGCCUCUCUGGCCAUAUCCGAGUUUACUCCGCAGCCGAUUUCAAUGAGAAGAUCGGUUACCGAGACACCGCAGACAUUUAGUACCCUACGAGCAAAGUUUGAUGUUCCUCAGGCCUCAGAGGAACAGCCCCUUGAGUCUGCGCCUGAAAUUCGGUCUGAUCUUGAUCUUGAUUCUGCACCUGAAAAGUCAUUGAAUGAAUCUGCCCUCAUAUCUAUGCCUGCAGUUGAGCCUGUAUCUGCAGUUGAGCCUGGACCUGCAGUUGAGCUUGUGCCUGCAGUUGAGUCUGUGGUUGAAUCCGAGCCUGCGUCAGCGCUCACUCAAACCUCCACAGGGUUAGUUCAGUCUGACAUGCCCAUACCCCCAAAGGCUUUGGGAGUAGAGCCAGAGUCCACUUUGCCGACCCGAGAAAAGAAUGAGCCCACGCAGGUGGCCACUCAAGAAGCGCUAUAUGUUAAGACAGAAGAAGAAGAUAUCGAAAUUCCGUCGGUCUACGCCGAGUAUGAAUCGACCGAUGUCGAACCAGAGCUAAUACAAAAGGCAAAUGUGCCUAGCGAGCCAAUAAUUGAGGACAACGGAGUUUUGUCACGAGAAAACAAUGAGCCCGCGAAUGCGAGAACCAAUAAGCAACAGGCAUUUGGUACCGAAGGAAUUUCCGAGCCCAAUGCCCUAGGUUUUACAAAUAUCAACAGUGAAUCGGCGGAGGUCGAAGGGACGCACGUUUCUUAUGAAGUCGAGACCAAGGAUGAUGACAAAGUCGCCGACCCUAUUCUUAUUGAAGCCCUGUCCACUGGACCCAAAGUGGCCGAUAGCAACAGUCAACUUUGGCCCCAAACAUCCAAUAAUGACCCAGAAGAUGACAGCGUUUCCACGGAGGCUGAAAAUCAUCACAAACCCUCGUUCUCGUCCACGCCUGAAUCUUUCCAUUCGGCAGAGCCUCACUCGCCAUCUGACUCUAUUUCCACCCAUGCCACGUCAUUGGGAUCUCCUAGUACAAAGCAAAAAUAUAAAACGGCCUUUGAUCAAGAUCUGUCGUCGCUCGAUCCGACCACGAAACCACUAGUGUCUGAUACUGCCGCCGACACCUCAUUCUCUAAUGUGAAAAAAUCGUUGAAUGAGAAUGCCACCAAUUUUGGUAACGAUUCAAUGACUCGAGAGAAUUCACUACAGCCUUCAGUGGUCAUUGCAUCAAACUCAGGCAAAUCCACUGCAAAGGCCUCACCACCAUCAGAUCUCUCACAUAUGAGUGCCGAGUUUCGUCGUCGAGCACAGGCGACCAGACAACGCGAUGUCUCUCCAAUGCCAGCCCCUUCUGCUAUAUAUCAGCCGACUACUGGUGAAGAGGCUACUUCUUUAAUUUCCAAAGCGCUGGCUCUCGUGUUGGUACCACCGAUUCAUCUUUUUAUAGUUUUACUCCAUAUCGCGGCACGCAUCGUUAUCAACCCAUCUAUGAACUCAACCAGACCUGGAGCUCAAUCUAGACCGCAGUUGUCUUCAAGAUCUUCUUCUAAAGAGGAUGACUUCAGCUUCCCUUUAGAGCGUGAACCCUCCUCUGAAUACGAAGAUGCCGAAAUGACGAAGAGACUAGAUCCGUGGGACCUUGACUAA